AUGGAGACGGCCAAAGGCGUCACCAACAUGGCGCUGGCCCACGAAAUCAUGCUGAACCAGGAGUUCCAGGUCCGUCCGGCCGAGCCUCCAGAGGGAAGCCUGGAGCGCAAAGUGAAGGAGAUCAUGCACAAGGCCUUCUGGGACUGUCUGGAGGUGCAGCUUUCCGAAGACCCGCCCUCCUACGGACACGCCAUCAGGCUGCUGGCUGAGAUCAAAGAGACUCUGCUGUCCUUUUUGCUGCCGGGCCACGGCCGGCUGCGUUCCCGGAUCGAGGAGGUCCUGGACCUGCCGCUGAUCCAGCAGCAGGCGGAGAACGGGGCGCUGGACAUCGGGCGGCUGUCCCAGUUCGUCAUCGGGAUGAUGGGCUCGCUGGCCAUUUUCUCUGUGCUGGACCUGAUGAAGAUGGACAUGGCUAACUUUGCGGUGAGCAGCAUCAGGCCUCACCUCAUGCAGCAGUCCGUGGAGUACGAGAGGAACAAAUUCCAGGAGUUUCUGGAGAAACAGCCGAGUAAGUAG